AUGUAUCUCUCUCUCUCUGUCAAAAUUAGACCUAUUGCUUCUUCUCUUCCCCAAACAACACCCAUAUAUGCCUCUGCUGAAACUCCUCCCUCAACCACCAGAUCUUCUAACCCACCAUCUCAAAAAUUCAACCUCGCCACCACAACUUUACCUGUUUCAGAAGCAGAAAUGCUAAAUGAAACCACCUCACCAUCAUCAUCACCAUCUCCUCAAUCCCCACCUUACUACGAACUCACAUCUGAUACUGAACCAUCUGACCCUCAAUCCCCCACUUUGGCUCAGCUCCAAUCCUGUGCUCUGGCCUCUCAAAAGCCAUCACAUCCUGAACCUGAAACCGAAGUCACUUCCCCACCUCCGGACCAUCCAAUUCCAACCACAUCUGAACCACAACCAUCUGAACCAACCCACUAUGAAUCACAACCAUCAGAACCAACCCACUCUGAACCACAACCAUCUGAACCAACUCACUCUGACAUACCACCACCCAUCACUUCCGCUGACCCAACAACUCCCACACUUAAUCUAAGUUCCCCUAUCUCACCCUCCUCACCCUCCCAAUCCUCUGCCAAUGAACCAGAAACUACUCUUCCUACCCUUGAAGAAGCAAUCAAGGUUUUUGCAGAGUCUUUAGUUGAAAAGGUCAAAGAAGCUGAAGCAAAGGCUAUUGCUGAUGCUGCUGCUGAGGCUGAGGCAAAAGCUAAAUCCGACGUUGAAGAAGCAGCUGGCAUUGCUGAAGAAGCUGCUGCAAAAGCCAACGCUGAUGAACUGACUCAGGGGGAGCACUCCAACUCUGGGACUCUGAACACUUCGCAGGAUUCUGACUAUACAUCAGAUAUAAAAUUAUGUCAGAUAUUCGAUGAUCAGAUGCCACUCAAAAAGGAUACGUCUAGACGGUUCUGA